GCUAAAGAAGAUUACUAGUCACACUCUCUCCUCUCCUUCUCAUCUCCCUGAUCCUCAAACUCCACAUGGCAUCCGUCGCCGCAAGUCCAGCUUUCUCACUCCUCAAGUCAACCACCGGAGCCACUGCUUCCUCCGCCGCAACUCGCGCACGCGCCUCCCUUUUGCCCGUCCCAACCAAAUCCAUCUCCACCCGUCCUCUCGGCUUCUCCGCCGUCCUCGACUCUCGUUUCACCGUCCAUGUCGCCUCGAAGGUUCAGUCUUUCCGCGGGAAGGGGACCAGAGGAGUUGUCUCCAUGGCGAAGAAGAGCGUCGGAGAUCUCACCUCUGCUGAUCUGAAAGGGAAGAAGGUUUUCGUUAGAGCUGAUCUCAAUGUACCUCUCGAUGACAAUCAGACGAUCACUGACGAUACUAGGAUCCGUGCUGCUAUUCCGACGAUCAAGUACUUGAUCGAGAAUGGUGCUAAAGUCAUCCUCUCCACUCAUCUGGGAAGGCCAAAGGGAGUCACACCGAAGUUUAGUUUGGCUCCUCUUGUCCCUAGGCUAUCUGAGCUUCUUGGUAUUGAGGUCAAGAAAGCUGACGACUGUAUCGGUCCGGAAGUUGAAAGCUUGGUGGCUUCACUACCUGAAGGUGGAGUUUUGCUUCUUGAGAACGUGAGGUUCUACAAGGAAGAAGAGAAGAACGAUCCUGACUUCGCUAAGAAGCUUGCUUCCUUAGCUGACCUCUAUGUCAACGAUGCUUUUGGAACUGCUCAUAGAGCUCAUGCUUCCACUGAGGGCGUCACAAAGUUCUUGAAGCCUUCUGUUGCUGGUUUCCUUCUCCAAAAGGAGCUUGAUUACCUUGUGGGAGCUGUUUCAAGCCCAAAGAGACCGUUUGCAGCCAUAGUUGGUGGCUCCAAGGUCUCAUCUAAGAUUGGAGUUAUUGAAUCGCUUCUUGAGAAGUGUGAUAUACUUCUUCUUGGUGGUGGAAUGAUCUUUACAUUCUACAAGGCACAAGGUCUUUCUGUCGGAUCGUCCCUUGUUGAAGAAGAUAAACUUGAGUUGGCUACUUCACUCCUUGCCAAAGCUAAGGCUAAAGGAGUCUCUCUUUUGUUGCCAACCGAUGUUGUGGUUGCUGACAAGUUCGCUCCUGAUGCCAACAGUAAGGUCGUGUCUGCAUCAGGGAUUGAGGAUGGAUGGAUGGGACUGGACAUUGGUCCAGACUCGAUAAAAACAUUCAACGAAGCUUUGGACACAACACAAACAGUCAUUUGGAAUGGACCUAUGGGAGUUUUCGAGAUGGAGAAGUUUGCUGCUGGAACAGAGGCGAUUGCUAAUAAACUAGCAGAGCUGAGUGAGAAAGGAGUGACAACUAUAAUAGGAGGAGGAGACUCAGUGGCUGCAGUGGAGAAAGUGGGAGUUGCAGGAGUCAUGAGUCACAUCUCCACUGGUGGUGGAGCUAGCUUGGAGCUCUUGGAAGGUAAAGUACUUCCUGGUGUGAUUGCCCUCGAUGAAGCCAUCGCAGUCACCGUUUAGAAGCUCACUCUUUUGAUGAGGCAAAUAAAUUUAUACUCAUGAGUUUCUUACUUUCUUUUGCUGUAAAUCUACCUUUUAAAACAUCAUAAUCAUUUCUAUAUAAUGUCAACCAAAAGAGAGACUGAUAAUGUUUUUAGUA